AUGGUCGGCCCGCUCACCUCCUCCCCCGCGCCUGUCGCCUCGACCUCCCGCAUCCCGUACGGCUCGCCAGCAGCAGCAGCAGCAUCGGCACCGGGCAGCGCGACCCCACCCACUCGCACCUUCUUCACCUCGCGACCGUCGCCGUACCCGCGCGCCCAUACGUCGCACCGCCGCGCCCACCUCAUCCACCCUCUCGCCCGCCAGCGCCUCACCAACGUCGCCUUUGCGCUCGCGGGCGUCCUCAGCGUCGCCACCGUCUCGCUCGGCAUGAGCGGCUCGCUCGGGAGCGCAGGCGUGCGGCCCGGGUGUCCGGCGAGGAAGGACGCGGCCGUGGCGCUCCAGGGGGAGCAACUCACGCGCGCGAGGGGCGACGCGCAACAGGCGAGGGGCAGCAGCUGGAAGGGCAAGGGCAGGUUCCUCGACGACCCGGUCGCGCCGAUUCCGCCGCCGGCCGUGCGCUCGCGCGAGGCGGCCGCCAGCUCGCCGUUGCCCGUCGGGCGAAUCGGCUCAGCGUCGCAGGGCGAGCAGCGCGCGAGUUCGGUCCGGGGCGACGGACCAGACGGGCGGAUAGCGGAGGACGACUCGGCGCCGACGGGCAAGGGCGCGUGCGGCUGGCGAGGGUGGGUCGGUGCGAGCGAGCGGGUCGUCUAG